AUGGCCCAAAUACUGCGGGCGUACGCGGCGGCAGGGUUGAAGGCCGUACAGUUGCGAGUUUUCGACUCACCCCUGCGGCUCUUUUGCUUCAUUUUCCGUUCUGGGGUCUCCUCGCCAAUUUUAACGGCGAGAACACCAAACGUCGACCCAGACCAACAGUCUCUACAAGAUCAGCGUAAUAUAUUCUACCUGUUCAAAAACGAGUCAAGCUCCGAGAGUUUCACCUUGUCAGAUGGGCGAAACAUUGGGUUCGCUUAUUAUGGCGCACAGAAUGGCCCUGCGGUAUUCUACUUGCACGGAUUUCCUGGCUGCCGACUUUCAGGUGUCUUCUUCGACGGGCCUGGUAAGAAGCUUGGGGCAAGGAUCAUCGCCGUGGAAAGACCUGCCAUCGGCAUCAGCUCUCCUCAGCCUGGCCGGAAAGCGUUGGAUCAUGCGAAUGACAUACACGAACUUGCGGAGCAUCUGAACGUCAAAUCUUACGGCAUCAUCGGCGUCUCAGGUGGUGGCCCAUAUGCACUAGCAUGUGCGUACGCGUUACCAGAAGAGAAAUUGAAGAGUGUCUCUAUCAUUGGCGGAAUGGGCCCGAUUGAUAUCGGUACCAAAGGCAUGAACUGGAGCAACUGGCUCACCUUCAAAGGCUUUAUGUAUUUCCCAGCUCUAGUUCGUUGGAUACAGAACAGGGUGAUCUCUAUACUACGCGACCUGCCAAACGAGAAGAUAAUCGAGAUGACCAACAGCCGAUUCUCGAAGCUGUCAUACAAGUGGCUUAGUGCCAAUGAGAAGGCUAUUGGCAUUCUGAGAGACCCCGAGUUUAUCAAUUUGAUGCUCAAUUUCUAUCGGGAACAUUACAAACAGGGAGUCGACGGAUAUAUGGAAGAAGGGCGGGUUUUGACAAGCGACUUGGAUUUUUGUGUGGAAGACAUUCGCUCCUCUAUACCCAUUCAACUAUGGUAUGGUAGGCAGGACACUAACGUACCCCUACGGAUGGGCGAGGCCAUAGCCUCGCGUCUCACCUCUCGUCCAGAUCUCUAUGUUAAAGAUGAAACGCACCUGAGUCUUGUGUUGAAAUAUAGCUUCGACGCUCUAGAGCGUCUGCUUGAGAAGAUGUGA